CAAACACUCGACCUAAUCGACGAGCGAAGGCGAAGACCUCGCCUUCAACGGGGAGCCAAAGAGGCGUUAUCCUGAGUGCUACUGUCUGCCAUGCAAUUUGACAUUUUGAUCUGAUUGGCCCCUUGGUCUUUGACUUUGAUUGAGAUGGCGGCGGCGGUAGAACCUACUCCUCCUGCUCCAUGUUGCGCGACGAUAAAAGGCGGCGGAGACGCAGGGUUCCCAUGCCGUGGCAGAGGAGGCCGUUGCGUGAAGGAUGGCUGGGAGGUUGGUGUUCGCUGUGAACAGAGAGAGGUUCGAGUUAGCCAAGGUCGAUCCUUCCACCACCUUGCUCGAGUUCUUGAGAACCCGCACUCGAUUCACUGGAUCCAAGCUCGGUUGCGGCGAGGGUGGAUGUGGGGCUUGUGUUGUUCUUCUUUCUAAAUACGAUCCAGUUAGUGAUCAAGUGAAAGAAUUCAGUGUUAGUUCUUGUCUUACACUACUUUGCAGUAUAAAUUUUUGCUCUGUUACCACUACUGAAGGACUUGGAAAUACCAAAGAUGGCUACCAUUCAAUUCAUCAGAGGUUCUCAGGGUUUCAUGCAACUCAGUGUGGCUUCUGCACUCCUGGUAUGUGUAUGUCACUCUUCUCUGCCCUUACAAAUGCAGAUAAGACUGAUGGGCCUGAACCUCCCAUUGGAUUCUCUAAGAUCACCAAAUUUGAGGCUCAAAAGGCUAUUUCUGGCAACCUUUGUCGAUGCACCGGUUAUAGACCCAUUGCAGAUGUCUGCAAGAGCUUUGCAGCUGAUGUUGAUUUGGAAGAUUUGGGUCUAAAUACAUUUUGGAAGAAGCCAGAGGAUGCAAAUGUUGAUAAACUACCUCCUCACGACCAAGGCAAAAUUUGCACUUUUCCUGAAUUCCUGAAAUCUGAGAUCAAUUCCUCUAUGGGUGCCUUAGAGAGUUCCCAAGAUAGUGGCUUGCCAGAGUGCCAGUGGUAUCGGCCUUCUAGCCUUGAACAAGUCUAUAAACUUUUGAAUUCCAAUGAAUUCACUGAAAGACAUGUUAAAUUGGUUAUGGGUAACACAGGAUCUGGCAUUUACAAGGAAAAUGACCUGUAUGAAAAGUACAUUGAUCUCACAGGUAUACCAGAACUCUCAGUUGCCAAAAGGGUUAGCAAAGGAAUUACAUUUGGAGCUGCUGUGACAAUUUCCAGGGCUAUUGAAGUGCUGAAAGAAAAGGAUAAUACUGUACUCCAUUCGGAUGGAAAAUUAAUCUUUUGUAAAAUUGCUGAUCAUAUGGAUAAGGUUGCUUCUCCCUUCAUCAGAAAUAUGGCUAGCUUGGGCGGAAAUCUGAUUAUGGCACAAAGAAAUCAGUUUGCCUCAGAUAUUGCUACAAUACUUCUUGCUGUUGGAUCAAUUGUUUGUUUUCAGACCGCUUCGGGGAGGUUAAUUAUUUCACUUGAAGAAUUUCUUAAGUUGCCUCCAUGUGAUGACAGAACCAUACUCAUAAGCAUACAUAUUCCUUAUUGGAGUUCGGCAAUAGAUUCAUCCUCUGUAACUAGCAAGGUCAUGGUUUCUGUUCCUGAAAAUGAUUCCAGUAUUCUGUUUGAAACAUACCGAGCAGCUCCACGUCCACUUGGGAAUGCUGUUUCUUAUCUGAAUUCUGCUUUCUUGGCUCAUGUUAUUUCUGAUAAGAUCUCUGGGAAUCUUAUUUUACAAAAUAUACACUUGGCUUUUGGGGCUUAUGGUAGUGAACAUGCCAUCAGAGCAAGAAAAGUUGAGGAGUUCUUGACAGGCAAAAUUCUCACAGCCUCAAUUUUACUUGGAGCCAUUCAUUUACUGAAAGAGACCAUAAUACCAAAAGUAGGCACUCGUCAUUCAAGCUACAGAGCAAGUUUGGCCAUUACUUUUCUGUUCAAUUUUUUUCAACCACUUGCCAAAGAAUUAGUUGUGGCUGAGAAGAUUAACAAUGUGGAUAUAUCUAGUGUUGCUACACUUACUGAUUAUCCAAAUGGUAAAACUAAUAGGUCUGAGGACAUAAUGCAACCAAGGACAUCAAAAUUUGAACAACUCUGCAAUCCUAACGUCAUCUUAUCUUCAAAGCAGUCAGUUGAGUUUAGCACAGAUUAUCAUCCUGUUGGCAUGCCUAUCAACAAAGUUGGAGCUGAAAUUCAAGCCUCUGGUGAAGCAAUAUAUGUCGAUGAUAUUCCUUCUCCUAAAGAUUGCCUUUAUGGAGCAUUUGUGUACAGCACACGUCCUUUGGCUCACAUAGAGGGCAUUACAUUCAAAUCUACACAGGCAUCACAGAAAAUCAUUGCUUAUAUUGGUGCUGGUGACAUCCCAAAACGAGGGGAAAACAUUGGAUGCAGAUUUGUUUUUGGAGAUGAACCACUAUUUGCUGAUUCUUUGACUGAAUAUGCUGGUCAAUGUCUUGGUGUUGUGGUAGCAGAAACACAGAGAUACGCCAACAUGGCUGCUAAACAAGCAAACAUACACUAUUCCAAUGAGGACUUGGAACCUCCAAUCCUAUCCAUCGAAGAUGCUAUCGCAAGGUCAAGUUUCUUUGAUCUGCCUCCCGCAAUCUAUCCUAAGCAGAUCGGUGAUCUGACCAAAGGAAUGGAUGAAGCUGAUUAUAAGAUUCUCUCAGCCGAGAUUAAACUCGGUUCCCAAUAUUACUUUUACAUGGAAACACAAACAGCUCUUGCCAUUCCAGAUGAAGAUAACUGCAUUGUGGUUUAUAGUUCAACUCAAUUUCCUGAGCAUACCCAGGGUGUGAUUGCAAAAUGCCUUGGAGUACCGGAGAAUAAUGUUCGUGUAAUUACAAGAAGAGUUGGAGGAGGUUUUGGCGGGAAAGCACUACCAUCCAUGCCGAUAGCAGCCGCAUGUGCUCUUGCAGCAUUUACAUUGCAUCGUCCAGUUAGGAUGUACCUUGAUCGCAAAACAGAUAUGAUAAUGAUAGGAGGACGGCACCCAAUGAAAAUAAACUAUUCUGUGGGUUUCAAGUCUGAUGGGAAGAUUACAGCCUUGCACAUUGAUUUAUUUAUAAAUGCAGGCAUAACAAUCGAUCUUAGUCCACUUAUUCCAUCUGCUGUUAUAACAGCUUUGGAAAAGUACAAUUGGGGUGCUCUCUCUUUCAAUAUCAAGUUAUGCAAAACGAAUCUCGCAACUAAAUCAGCCAUGCGAGCUCCAGGAGAUGUACAGGGAUCUUAUAUUGCUGAAGCUAUUAUUGAACAUGUAGCAGCUUUCCUAUCCAUGGAUACUGAUUCUGUCAGAAAGCAAAAUCUGCACACCUAUGAAAGCCUUAGGUCAUUUUAUGGACCCAGCAGUGGUGAUGCUUCAGAAUAUACUCUACCUGUUAUAGUCAAUGAAUUGACUUCAACAGCUAGCUAUCUGCAACGCCUUGGAAUGGUCCAAUAUUUCAAUAAUUGCAAUAAGUGGAAAAAACGAGGAAUAUCCUGGGUACCUAUUAUAUACCGUGUUGCACCAAGGCCAACGCCAGGGAAAGUAUCUAUUCUAAAUGAUGGCUCAGUAGUUAUUGAAGUUGGAGGUGUUGAAAUAGGCCAGGGGCUGUGGACAAAGGUAAAGCAAAUGGUAGCAUUUGUUCUCGGACAGCUUUGGGAUGACGUAAAUUUAAAUCUUUUGGAUAGGUUGAGGAUCAUCCAAGUAGAUAGUUUGAGUUUGAUUCAGGCAGGUUUUACUGCUGGAAGCACCACAUCUGAAUCAAGCUGUGAAGCAGUUCGUCUUGCUAGCGGUAUUCUAGUCAGCAGAUUGAAGUCACUCAAGCAAAGUUUAGAAGAACAAAUGGGUUCAAUCUCAUGGGAGACCCUAAUUUCCCAGGCAACUAUGCAAGCAGUGAACUUGUCAGCGAGUGCUUAUUGGGUCCCAGAGAAUAAAUUAGACUAUCUGAACUAUGGAGCUGCUAUAAGUGAGGUGGAGGUUGAUAUUCUUACAGGAGCUACUACCAUCUUAAGGACAGAUCUUACUUAUGACUGCGGGCAGAGCUUGAAUCCUGCUGUGGAUCUAGGACAGAUUGAAGGUUCCUUUGUUCAAGGAAUUGGGUUCUUUUUGUACGAGGAACAUGUGGAAAACUCAGAUGGCUUGGUAGUUUCAGACGGUACUUGGACAUAUAAGAUCCCUACUGUCGACACCAUCCCGAAGCAAUUCAACGUUAAACUAAUGAAAAGUGGGCAUCACGAGAAGCGUCUACUUUCCUCAAAGGCUUCCGGAGAACCGCCACUGCUUCUAGCUUCUUCAGUUCACUGUGCGGUUCGAGAAGCGAUAAGAGCUGCUCGGGCUGAGUUCUCUUCCAACGACGAUAACCAUUCCGCAUCGACAUUCCAACUCGACGUUCCGGCAACCAUGCCAGUAGUGAAAGAGCUGUGUGGCCUAAACACGGUGGAGAAGUACUUGGAGACUUUGGCGUCUUCUCAAGGGAAAGUGGAAGCCUAACAAGCUUGACUUGGUAUGUACACAAGCAAGAUCAGAUACAAUAUAGUGAUUUCAGGCAUCCUUUAUUCACUCGAACAAAUAGUUAUAUAUCUAGUGAGUGAUUCCAAAUCACGUUACAUUGAUCUUCUCUCUCCUCGUAUAUUUGUUUUGUUGAAGGGGAGUCUUGGCGUAAUGGUAAAAUUGUUGUCAUGUGAUAAAAAAUUCAUGGAUUUGAAUUUUGAAAA